AUGUCUGGGACUAAACUGAUGCUCAGUCCAUUGAGAUUCGAACAAUUACUACGGACCUCAAAUAAGAGUUUACUAACAAAGUCAUUGAGUUUACAACUGACUGCUAAGCUACAUCAAAAUAUUUCACCUUCUGUAGCAAAACUUCAUUCUGAGUUGAAAUUAGAUGAGUUGAGAACUGAUGGUACUCCAGACUAUGUUCGUUUGGUGUUACGUUCAUCCGUCUAUGAUGUCAUCAAAGAGUCUCCUAUGAGUCAAGGUGUUGGUCUGUCAUCUCGUUUGAAUACAAACGUCCAAUUAAAGAGAGAAGAUCUUUUACCAGUGUUUUCCUUCAAAUUACGUGGUGCUUAUAAUAUGAUCGCUAAAUUAGAUGAUUCUGAAAAGGUUCAAGGUGUCAUUGCCUGUUCUGCAGGUAAUCAUGCUCAAGGUGUUGCUUUUGCCGCAAAACAUUUAAAUAUUCCAGCCACAAUUGUUAUGCCUGUCUCUACACCUUCCAUCAAAUAUCAAAAUGUAUCUCGUUUGGGUUCUCAAGUUGUUUUAUAUGGUAACGAUUUCGAUGAAGCGAAGACUGAAUGUGCCAAACUAUCUAAGGAACGUGGUCUAACCAACAUUCCACCUUUCGACCAUCCUUAUGUUAUUGCCGGUCAAGGUACUGUCGCCAUGGAAAUUCUGAGACAAGUACAAAAUGCUAACAAGAUCGGUGCCGUUUUUGUCCCUGUUGGUGGUGGUGGUUUCAUUGCAGGUGUUGGUGCUUAUUUGAAACGUAUUGCACCACAUAUUAAAAUUAUUGGAGUUGAAACCUUUGAUGCGGCUACAUUACAUACUUCUUUGCAAUCUAACAAAAGAACUGCUUUAUCUCAAGUUGGUAGUUUUGCCGAUGGUACUUCCGUUCGUUUAAUAGGUGAAGAAACUUUCAGAGUUUGUCAAGAAGUUGUUGAUGAGGUUGUCCUUGUGAAUACCGAUGAAAUAUGUGCUGCCAUUAAGGAUGUAUUCGAAGACACUAGAAGUAUCGUUGAACCAUCCGGUGCUCUUUCUGUUGCAGGUAUGAAGAAAUAUAUUAACACUUUACACCCAGAGAUUGAUCACUCCAAACAUACAUAUGUUCCAAUCCUAUCUGGUGCUAACAUGAACUUUGACAGAUUAAGAUUUGUAUCUGAGAGAGCUGUUCUUGGUGAAGGUAAAGAAGUUUUCUUACUAGUCACUAUCCCAGACAUUCCAGGUUCCUUUAAGAAAUUACAAAAAGUUAUUCACCCAAGGUCUGUUACUGAAUUUUCUUACCGUUACAAUGAACAUCGUCACGAAUCAACUAGUGACGUUCCAAAAGCAUGCAUAUAUACUUCUUUCAGUGUUGUGGAUCGUGAAAAGGAAAUCAAGCAAGUUAUGCAACAAUUACAUGCCUUAGGAUUCGAAGCUGUUGACAUCUCUGAUAAUGAAAUGGCCAAAUCUCAUGGUAGAUAUCUUGUUGGUGGUGCCUCCAAGGUUCCAAACGAAAAGGUUAUUUCUUUUGAAUUCCCAGAGAGACCAGGUGCUUUAACUAAAUUUUUAUCUGGUUUGAGUGAAUCCUGGAAUCUAACUUUAUUCCAUUACAGAAAUCAUGGUGCUGAUAUCGGUAAAGUUCUGGCUGGUAUUUCUGUUCCACCAAGAGAAAAUCUAACUUUCCAAAAGUUCUUAGAAGAUUUAGGUUACACAUAUUGUGAUGAAACUGAUAAUAUGGUUUAUCAAAAGUUUUUAAAGUAUUAA